AUGCUCCAGGCGUUCCGAUUGCUUCUCGUUCGCUGCGAGGAAUUGAAGCACAGCGAUUCGAAUGGCAUCCGGUGGGCGUCCACGGGUACUUUCUACCGUGAGAGCAAAGACGCUCGACUGCUUCGACGUCUCACUGUUCCAGUUCGCCGCUUCGGUUUUCUCGGCCGGGAGGCAGAGACAUCUUUAGUGUCAGAUUGAGCUAGUUCUUCGAAUCCAGCCGUUUCGCAUGAGGUGUCGGCGAUGGAACCCCUCGGCGUGGAGAAAGUCCCCAUCGACGCCCACGUCGGCGUUAGGCCUCGGUCGCGACCCGACGUAGGACGUCGAAUGGAAAGGAAAGUGGAAAAAGAGGCGAUGAAGAGAUCUGGGAGCUGUGAUUGGAGCGAAAAGGCCGAUGUGGACCACGAGAGCGAUGCUGGAUCUGUUGCGGAUGAGGACAGGCUGAAGAGGCUCUUCGAUACGUGUGACACUGAUGGAGACGGAUAUAUCACGUGUGAGGACUUAUUGUACAUCUGCCAAGAAUUGAGCCUUGAGGACUGCUUCGAUGACAUAAUCUCUCAGCUUGGCAUGCAGAUGAAUAGUCGGAUAUCUUUCGAAGAGUUUGUCAAGUGCCGAAUUGCCCUGAACAGCGAAAUAGAGGCUCUCCGUCAAGAAUCGUCUUCCGCUCCGUCGGCCACUGGAGAUAGCAGUUCGGGGAUCUAUCCUCUGGCAUUCCGUCACGGGGACGGGGCAAGUAAUGCCAGCGGCACCAAUACGAACGAUUACAUCCCGACCUCGAGCGAGAACAGCCUGGAACGUGGAGGGUUGGGGCUCGUGAAGAAGCAGUUUGGUGAUUCGUGGGAGUUUGACAGCGGGGCUCGGGACCUGAGUCCGGAGCCACGAUCUCUGCAGAAGCUCCUUGAGAAUGCAGGUGCAAUCCUCCCUGGGAGCUCUUCUCAUCUCCUGGAUGUUGCCAACAAGGUCUCACAGAACUUUUCUCUGCCCUACCUGUUCUCUUCUGGCUGCCCCAAAAUGUUCAAUUUAGGGAUGUUCCAAGCCGGCACACCUUGCCAUGAAUUGAGAACGGAAGUGUGA